AUGGAGGCAAAUGGUGCCGUUUUGUGUGACAAUUUGAUAAAGUGGUUGCAGACUUUAGAUCUUAAAGCAAAACAUGGAAAUCCAUCAGAGCUGUCCGAUGGUGUGGCAAUUGCAGAGGCACUCACACAAAUUGCGCCUGAAUAUUUUUCACCGGGAUGGAAUUUGAAAAUAAAAACAGAUGUCGGACAUAAUUGGAGGCUAAAAGUUAGCAAUCUGAAAAAGAUAUUGGAGGGUGUUGUAGAUUAUCAUCAAGAUAUUCUAAAUUUAAGUUUACAAGAGUUCUCAAGGCCAGAUGUAGUAAAUAUAGCGGAGACUGCCGAUGCCUCGGACUUGGGGAGACUGUUACAACUUGUUUUAAGUUGUGCAGUAAAUUGUGUCAAAAAGGAAGAAUACAUCACAAGAAUUAUGGAAAUGGAACUCUCAUGUCAAAGAUCUAUAAUGCAAGCGAUACAGGAACUGCAGACGUUAACGCUGGGCGUGAAUCGUGGCAGUGUGCACUUGGACGCGCCGCCGGUCGAGCAAUCUGAUGCGGACAUGAGAGAAGCCCUCGCGCAGAGGUGCCAUGAACUAGACACGCAGGUUAAAAUUCUCCAAGAAGAGAAGAUGACGUUGUUGAGUGAGGUGGCUAGGUUGACAGCGGCACGAGAAGCCGUUGUCGAUUCUGGGGAAGCUGAGUUAGAUGACGCAGGAGCUUCACUGGGUCCUGCUCAUGCUGGGACAUUGCGUUAUACCACCAUGAGGUCACAACUGGACGCGCUAAAAGAUGAACUGGAUAAGGUGGAACUCCAAAGAGAUGAUCAGCAUGCAAGAGCUGAUGCUUUGGAAAGGGAGUUGGCGUUGAUGAAGCUUAGGAAUGAGGAGUUGCAGAUGGCAGCUUCAGAAAACGUGGCAUUAAAAGACGAAUUAGAUGCAUUAAGAGAGACGGCAGCUAAGGCGGCGGCCUUGGAAGCUACGGUCGCUUCCUACAAGAAGAGAAUGGAGGAACACGUGGACUUGAGAAGGCAGGUGAAGCUUCUAGAACGAGCUAAUACGGAGCACGUCCAGCGCGCCAUUGAACACGAACAAGCCGCCGCUAAAGCGAACGCGAUACGAGCACAACUUGACAUUUAUAAAAAACAAGUAAUGGACCUAAAUGAGAAGUUAGACGCAGAGAUAACAAAGGCGGAUAAGCUGGAGAUUGAGAACAAGAAGUUGAGCAGUCGCGCCGCGUCAGUGCAGCGGGAGCGGGACGCGUUACUGGCCGAGCGGGACACGCUGCGGGAUACUGUCGAUGAACUGCGCUGCUCUACUAUUACUGCUGGUGCCAAUGAAGAUAAUGUGUCCCGGGAACUGAUCCCCAAUGAUCUCAAGGAACAACUAAUUCGAUUGGAACACGAGAACAAACUGUUACGACAGAACCAGGAUCAAGCAUCAGUGCAGGCUCUUUUAGAAGAUUAUGUGGCGAGAUUAGAGAAGCAACGAGCAAUGAAUCGGGAAGCGAACCAACGUAUCAUGCAGUUGGAAGCUACGUUGGAGGCACCGCAUCCGAGAUUAGCAUCUGCUAUUGAGGAUAAUCAGAGGAAAUCAUUGCAAGUAGAAGAAUUACAAGCAGCCCUAGCAGAGGAACGGCGGAGGAUCACAAAGUUACAAGAGGCGGUAGCGGCGAGAGACGCAGAACUGUUAGCCACUGAGGAUAAAUACAAGAAGUGCUUGGAGAAAGCUAAGGAUGUCAUCAAGUCGCUAGAUCCUAGGGCCUCUGCUCAACCGUCAUUAUCAGACAUAACGUUAGGAUACUCUCGUGCGGCGGGCGCCGGGGCUGGACCCUCGAGACCUGAGAUCGCACCAGCAGCAAGUAAUAGGAAUGAUUGGUCAGGCAGUGCGGAGGACAGUGCACGUGGAGGCAAUGGCGCGGGAGCGAGCGAGCAGAGACUGUUGACGAGUGCCUGGUACACGCUGGGGGCGCGCUGCCACAGGGACGCAGUGGACACUCGGUUCACGUUGCUGUCCGCGGGCCACUCGUUCCUGGCGCGCCAACGUCGCCAGCCCCCCCGCCCGCGCCCGCACGCGCCCAGCCCCGCGCCCCCCGCCCCCGCGCAGUGA